AUGGAGAAGCUUCCGCCAGAGAUUAUUCUCCAUAUAACGCCACACUUGGGUGCGUUUGAUCUCUACCACCUUUUAAUCGCUUACCAUUGUCCGGGUCUCUACCACAACCUACGCCCACGUGUAUUCGAUUCCCACCAGGAUGGCUCAAUAGCCCUUUAUCAUGCAAUCCGCAUGGGGAGACUGGACCUGAUAAAAGAGAUUCCCAAUAUACAUCAACUCAUCACAGCGAUCGAUAAGUUUACUCGCUACGGUCAACUUGACGAGGGUUGUUAUUUUGCCGGGAAGGAGAGGGAAUUUGCAGCAAGCAACUGUGGCGGUUAUAUCAACCCUCUAAUUGUUGCGAUCAUCCAACGCCAGGUAUAUCCAACGGACGAUCUUGAAAUAAUUCGAUUUCUUCUCGAAGCUGGUGCGGACCCAGACGCACCAGACCUGUUCCAUCGGCAGUUGCCACUGUUUGUUGCCGCCAACAGUGACGAUCAUGAGGCUGUGUCUCUACUCCUCGACUUUGGAGCUGACCCAAACAAAUGCUCUUAUGAAGGUAGCCUUCUUCUGCACGAUGGUUCCUUGUCUGAAAACCCUACAAUAAAGCAAUGGAAGAUUCGUUCUCCACUCGAUGCUGCUGUCCGGGGAGGACAUCUUCAGAUAGUGAAGCUCCUCAUUCAAAAAGGUGAUGGUGUUCUGGCAUCUUGCCCCUUCAAUCUGCUAGAUCUAAAGACCCGCAAGCCAUCACCAGAGCUUAUGGAAAUCUUUCAAAAUCUCCACGAAUGUGCAGUCUACCGCAUGAAGCAGUCUCAAAUAUUUCGGCUUUUCGAGUGGACCAACCCAUCCGUUAACAUGAAACGUCGACAAUCGGCCAGAAUUGCCAGAAUUGAGAAGCGAACAAAGACCAAGAGGCAUAGCGUUAACCAGAAAUUUCAAGAGCAAUUCAAUGAAUUUCUCUCCCUCUUCACUCGCCAACCUGUGCAACUAGCGCACCAGACGCGCCAGAUUACCUACCCUCCGCAAAUGACACCUUAUCAGGGCACGUCCACUGGGCCCGCCCCUUAG